CAACACACUGCAACUAAAGAUACUGAUAACUUUACCGUUUUGUUUGCGCUGCGAUCCGCUGCCGUCACACUCUCGGGGUGGGGUUUCUAGUUUAGCUGCGCGGAGAAUAGCGACUUGUCUGGUAGAGUGAUGUCACAUAACGAAUAGACGAGAGACCGAACCAGUGACUGAUUGUAAUAGCUGGGGAAAGCGCACCUGUUGAAUAACAGGCUCACAACGAUAUUCCCGUUUUCCUUCGAAGCUUUUUGGCUGCGUCUUAAAAGUUCAGAAUGACGGAUACAAUACUUACCAACGGAAUCAAGGACCGAGCGGGUCAGAAUGGAUAUUUUAAAAAGGGAUGUAACCCACUAGCCCUGACGGGCCGCUCCAAGCUGCAGAAUGAGAGAGCCAGUCUCAACCAACAGAUCAUCAGACAGAUGAGGAUGAGAGCUGGGGCAGAGAACUUACUAAGGGCGACCUCCAACAACAAAGUGUGUGAUAUGGUCGUUCUGGAGCUGAGCUAUAUCAACUCUAACCUGCAGCUGCUCAUGGAACAACUGGAGGGGCUCAACAGCUCCGUGGAGGUCUACCAGAACAGCCAAGAGACCUCCAGCAUCCCUCUCAUCCCGCUGGGUCUGAAGGAGACUAAAGAGAUGGACUUCUCUGUGUCAUUCAAGGACUUCAUCCUGGAGCACUACAGUGAAGAUGGCUCCAGCUUCGAGGAGGAGAUCGCCGACCUGAUGGACCUGAGACAGGCCUGUCGUACCCCCAGUCGCAAUGACGCCGGCAUCGAGACCCUGGCCAAGUACUUCAGCCACAUACCUCUACUGGAGAGCCGCUUCUUCUCCGCUACCCGCCAGAUGGGCAUCUUCUUUACUUGGCACGUUCCACCUCACUGUCUCCAAUGCCCCGCCAAUCAUGGUCUGACCCAGCCCAGGGGUCCCG